AUUGACAGGUGUCAACGUCCUAACCUCAGAUUCCAGAUGUAGUACAACUCCUCCAAAAAUGAUGAAACAAAGGCAAAAACCGAAAUUAGACGCCAGUUAUAAGAAAAUUAGUAAACACAGUGAUAGCGAUGACGAGACUGAAUUGUUUACAUUACGGAAACCCUCACCUCGAAAGGAAAAAUCGACGGUUGAGAAACUCGUAGAGGAGGGCGACACCCUGCAGUCCCUCGCAAUCCGUUAUUGUUGCACUAUUGAAGAUCUGAAACGCUUGAAUAACAUCCACAAAGAAAAUGAGAUUUUCGCCAAAAGGACGAUCAAAGUGCCCCAAUACCCCAUCGCGAUGGCUCUGGCUGGGGUGCACGUCAGCGGCAGAAGUUCCCCCGAUUAUCCCUCACCCAGUACUCAGGUUGAUACCGAUCAACUGACAAGUAGCUUAAAGGAAACGGAAGUUAACCAAAUUAUUUUUAAUAGUAAUUUAACGCAAAAGAGUCAUGACGUGGCGGGAGAGGAAGAGACGAGUGAGGACGAUGAGGAGGUCCAUUUGUUGCCCCAGAGCGUCCCCGAGGAACCGGUUGUGACUAAAAUCGACUGCAGCGGAGUCGAUGGUGAUAUUUCGUUAAAAGCUCUCAUUUUGUGUAUAGUCAUUGUUAUAUUCGCGGUGCCUUUAAUUUACGUUUUCUAUUUGGCGGAGCACCCCAAACAGCACCACCACAACCACGUGUCAUGAUAUUUUAUUGUGGUGAUAGCAGCUAAUCUCAUUAAGUAUUAAGUAGCUUUUAUUGUAUAUAAGCACAGUAUUUUAGUAGGUGCUAACGUUGUUGAACAUAUAAAUUUUAUUGAUCAAAGUAUUUUUAAUAAAACAGAAUUUUAC